AUGCAGUCCGCUCUUCACAAGGUUGUGGGCCCCGAGGAAGUCCAGCCCCAGAACCUCAGCGGCCGCGUGGCCGUCGUCACCGGCGGCGCCCUCGGCAUCGGCUACGAGGGCGACGCGGCCAUCGAGGAGAUCAAGCGACAGACCAAGGGCGGCGCCGAUAUUGACUGGAAGGAGUGCGACCUCGGCAACCUGGCCGAGGUUCGAUCCGUCUUUGGCGGCCUGCGCGAGUCCCUCGAGCGGCUCGACUACCUCGUGCUGUCCGCAGGCAUCAACGCGAACCAGUACGCACUGGACCACGACGGCAUCGAGCGCAUCUUCGCAGUCAACUACCUCGGCCAGUACUACGCGGUCAACCAGCUCUGGGCGACACUUCGGAAGACGAGCCUGAUGCCGGGGGUGACGAGCCCGCGCGUGGUCGCCGUGUCGAGCGCCAUGCACCAGCACGCGCCGUCCGACGUCAAGUUUUCGUCCCUCGAGGACAUCAACAACCCAGAGCUAGGCCCUGCCGAUCUUUACGGACGGUCCAAGCUGGCUCAGAUUCUCUUUCUCCGAUUCGGACUGGUCGAGCGUGUCAUCAAGCCCACCAGCGAUUCGAUCUACCCUCUGGCAGUCCACCCAGGCACCGUGAACACGGCCAUGCAGGAGCAGUGGAAGGACGCGUAUCCCGGCAUCACCGGGCAGCUCAUCUCUGCCGCCGUGAAGACGGUCGGCCGCGACCCGGAGCAGGGCUCGUACAGCACCCUCUGGGCGCUCACCGCUCCCGAGGUCGAGGAGGAGAACCAGAACGGCGCGUACUUUUCGGAUCCCGGCAAGCGCGGCAGAGAGAGUUCGCAGGCGUCCGACGAGCGUCUGGGCGCGCAGCUGUGGGAGCUGGGCGAGAAGCUGGUCAAGGAGAAGCUGGGAGACGACGCGCUGGAAGAUUGGAGGAACGCGGGGGUCGCUUAG